AUGGCUGAUCACUCAGUCGAGUCCUCGUCCUCGACCUCGUCUGCAACGCCUCUGGGAUAUAUUGCGCCUCCGAUCGUCGUGUUUUUAUUCCUCCUUGUCUGGGCAGUUAUCACCAUAAGAUAUCGGAUCCACAGAAGGGAGCGAGAAACAAGGCGCCUCUACUUCCUGGGAAGAACAAUACUCGCCGAUAUCGAUAUCGAUAAACAGUUCCCGCUUGUUAAGCUCAGUGUAUGGAGGACACUGCACUGUGGAAAGCAAGCCCUUGGGGCAGAGAGCGAGACCCCGGAUCCGACCCUGUGCUCUAUUUGCAUGGAACAGCUCCGGGAUGAUGAGGACGUCCGGCCGCUUCCUUGCGAGCACAUUUUCCAUCCGGCGUGUGUGGAUCCGUGGCUGACGAGAUAUCAUACCUCGUGUCCUUUGUGCAGAGUCAGCUUGGUAGAAGAUGAUGGCAAGUUGGAUCUGGAGAAUGGGAGGCGACCUCGGUUCUUGGGUAUGCCUGUGCCUCCUGAACCGGCGUUGAUCAGUUUUGCAGGGCGAUUUGGGUGA